CUCUCCCAUACAUUUUAUCUCUCUCUCUUUCACUCACUCUCACUCUCUCUGUCACGGACAGAGAAAAACUCAGACACCCACGUUCACAUUUUGCACACACCAUCCCUCACUGUCUGUUACUCUUCCUCUUUCAUUUUCAUUUUCUUCAUCUUCUUCUUCUUUUUCUUUUCUUAUUGAUGGAAUGAUGGAACACAACAUCAUCGUCAACACCAACGCCAACAACAACGUGAUCGCACCGUUUGUCAUUAAAACGUACAACAUGGUGAACGAUCCCACCACCGAUAAACUCAUCACGUGGGGCCCACACAACAACAGCUUCGUCGUCCUCGACCCCCUCGACUUCUCUCACUCCCUCCUCCCUGCCUUCUUCAAGCACAACAACUUCUCCAGCUUCGUUCGCCAACUCAACACCUACGGUUUCAGAAAGGUGGAUCCGGAUCGGUGGGAAUUCGCGAACGAGUGGUUCCUGCGGGGGCAGAAGCACUUGCUGAGGAACAUCGUGCGGAGGAAGCACGGCGGAGGGAGGAGCAAUUCGCAUCCGUUGAAGGUGGAGGAGUUGGACGACGAAGCCAUGGUUAUGGAGAUAGCGAGGUUGAAGGAGGAACAGAAAGCGUUGGAACAAGAGCUUCAAGGAAUGAACAAAAGGUUAGAAACAACCGAGAAACGACCCCAACAAAUGAUGGCUUUUCUCUGCAAAGUCGUCGAAGACCCUCAAGUUCUCUCUCGAAUGCUUAAGGAGAGAGAAAAAAAACACAUCGGAGACAAAAGGCGCCGCCUCAUACCACCGCCGUUGACGGCUGCGCCGGCAACCACGUCCUCAUCGUCGUCAUCCGGUGUCAAGACGGAGUUCGAAGAGGACGAGGGUAAUUACAUGAUGUCUUCGUCGCCAGAGACGGGGUUUGAAAUAGAUUAUAAUAAUAGUAAUAAUUAUGGGUAUGAUUGCGCCGCCAUGCCGGCGCCGUUGACGGUGGUGUCUCCGGAGGCGGCGAUGGGAGGAGGCUAUGUGGGGCGUGGGGAGUUUUUUGGGGAAAUGGCGGCGGAAGGGAAUACUCUGCCGCCUUAUCCGUUUUCUCUUUUGGAAGGUGGCUUUUAGAUUUAGUUUUAUUUUUAGGUUAUGAAAUAUGAAUGAAUGGAUUAAUGGAUGAAUUAUAUUACUGCCACAAGAUUUUAUCUUA